CAGAACCUCUGCUGUGAAUGGGUGCCGUCGGAAUAAAAUUCCAGACACAGCAUUUACUUCUCAAGAUGUUAACUGAUGAAUGUUCUGAUGAAUCUGUACAUUUCGGAACAAGAGAUGCUACAUUUCAUGCUACAAAUGUGUUCGCAUGAACUAACAAACUCAUCUAUAUCUCAGAUGACCUACUGAGGUUCUCCCUCCGUUCAGUGUAGAAGCGUCAGCUUGAGCUCUGUCUUCAACUCUCUUCUCUGGUGAAUGUAAAUGAUGGAAACAUUGGUGACGUUCCUCCUCACUGGAUCUCUGAUACAAGGUGUUUUGUGUGGCUUUAAUAUCAAUCUGCCGAAUAAAGUAGAAGCUCUGAAAGGAUCCUGUGUUUUCAUCCCCUGCACAUUUGAUAUUGAACAACAAUAUGAAGCUGACCUCACUGACAGUGCAAAGAGAUUGUGGUUUAAAGAUGGAGACCCUCGCAUUAUAGUGUUUAACUCCAGCAGACCCAACACUGGACGGUUAAAAGGAGAAAUAUUUGGCACUGCUACACAGAAAAACUGCACCACACGAUUCGAUAAUGUUGAUCAGAGUCAUAAUGGGUCAUAUUACUUCAGACUUGAAGCCAAUGGUAAAUUGCAAUAUAACUACAAAGGACCUACAUACUCUCAAGUUGAAAUUGUCGUCUUAGGAUCUCCACCCAAGCCUACACUGGUUGUCUUUAAAGAUCAGCAGAAGGUGAUGAAGAGGAAGGUGGAUGUGAUUGAGGGAAGUUCAGUGAGUCUGCGCUGCUCUACUAAGAUCUUCUGUCCGUCUCAUCCAUCAUCUCUCACAUGGAGCUCGUCUCUCAUCGAGAGCGUCACAGGACGACAAUAUCAGAGCCAAACUGAGCUCAUCUCUGAUCUGAACUUCCCUGUUUCUCACCGACAUCAUGGAGUCACUUUCACCUGCACUGCAACACACCAGAUACAGGAGCAGAAAAAAGCACACAAGCCGAAGCAAAUCACAAAAAAAGAGUCCCGUCUGCUACACGUUCAGUAUGCUCCUAAAAACACAUCGGUGGAGAUAAAUCCAGCUGGUUUAGUUCUGGAGGGUCGUUCAGUGACUCUGAUCUGCAGCAGUGAUGCAAACCCAGCAGUGAACUACACCUGGUACAGAGACACUGAGAGACCUCUGAAUCCAGUUCAGACCGGACCAAACCUGACCAUCAACAACACCGACCCGACACACAGCGGACGAUACUACUGUACAGCUGAGAACAAACACGGCACACAGAACUCAUCAGUGCUGCUGGACGUCCAGUAUGCUCCUAAAAACACAUCGGUGGAGAUAAAUCCAGCUGGUUUAGUUCUGGAGGGUCGUUCAGUGACUCUGAUCUGCAGCAGUGAUGCAAACCCAGCAGUGAACUACACCUGGUACAGAGACACUGAGAGACCUCUGAAUCCAGUUCAGACUGGACCAAACCUGACCAUCAACAACACCAACCUGACACACAGCGGACGAUACUACUGUACAGCUGAGAACAAACACGGCACACAGAACUCAUCAGUGCUGCUGGACGUCCAGUAUGCUCCUAAAAGCACAUCUGUGAGGAUAAAUCCAGCUGGUUUAGUUCUGGAGGGUCGUUCAGUGACUCUGAUCUGCAGCAGUGAUGCAAACCCAGCAGUGAACUACACCUGGUACAGAGACACUGAGAGACCUCUGAAUCCAGUUCAGACCGGACCAAACCUGGCCAUCAACAACCCCGACCCGACACACAGCAGACGAUACUACUGUACAGCUGAGAACAAACACGGCACACAGAACUCAUCAGUGCUGCUGGACGUCCAGUAUGCUCCUAAAAACACAUUGGUGAGGAUAAAUCCAGCUGGUUUAGUUCUGGAGGGUCGUUCAGUGACUCUGAUCUGCAGCAGUGAUGCAAACCCAGCAGUGAACUACACCUGGUACAGAGAGACAGGGUCUCAGUUUGAGCUCCUCCAGACUGGAUAUAAUAACACCUACAUUGUGACAAACCCUACACACGGUGCAUGGUAUGGCUGUAAAGCUCAAAACCAGCAUGGCCUCUGCAAUGCUACAAUUCAGCUGGAUGUUCAGUAUGCUCCAAAAAACACAAUGUUGUCAGCGUUUCCCUCCAGCUCAGUGAUAGAGGGCAAUCCAGUGACUCUGAUCUGCAGCAGUGAUGCAAACCCAGCAGUGAACUACACCUGGUACAGAGAGACCGGGUCUCAGUUUGAGCUCCUCCAGACUGGAUAUAAUCACACCUACAUUGUGACAAACCCUACACACGGAGCAUGGUAUGGCUGUAAAGCUCAAAACCAGCAUGGCCUCUGCAAUGCUACAAUUCAGCUGGAUGUUCAGUAUGCUCCAAAAAACACAUCGUUGUCAGUGUUUCCCUCCAGCUCAGUGAUAGAGGGCAAUCCAGUGACUCUGAUCUGCAGCAGUGAUGCAAACCCAGCAGUGAACUACACCUGGUACAGAGACACUGAGAGACCUCUGAAUCCAGUUCAGACCGGACCAAACCUGACCAUCAACAACACCAACCCGACACACAGCGGACGAUACUACUGUACAGCUGAGAACAAACACGGCACACAGAACUCAUCAGUGCUGCUGGACGUCCAGUAUGCUCCAAAAAACACAUCGUUGUCAGUGUUUCCCUCCAGCUCAGUGAUAGAGGGCAAUCCAGUGACUCUGAUCUGCAGCAGUGAUGCAAACCCAGCAGUGAACUACACCUGGUACAGAGACACUGAGAGACCUCUGAAUCCAGUUCAGACCGGACCAAACCUGACCAUCAACAACACCGACCCGACACACAGCGGACGAUACUACUGUACAGCUGAGAACAAACACGGCACACAGAACUCAUCAGUGCUGCUGGACGUCCAGUAUGGCCCAAAAAACACAUCAUUGUCAGCGUUUCCCUCCAGCUCAGUGAUAGAGGGCAAUCCAGUGACUCUGAUCUGCAGCAGUGAUGCAAACCCAGCAGUGAACUACACCUGGUACAGAGAGACAGGGUCUCAGUUUGAGCUCCUCCAGACUGGAUAUAAUAACACCUACAUUGUGACAAACCCUACACACGGAGCAUGGUAUGGCUGUAAAGCUCAAAACCAGCAUGGCCACUGCAAUGCUACAAUUCAGCUGGAUGUUCAGUAUGCUCCAAAAAACACAAUGUUGUCAGCGUUUCCCUCCAGCUCAGUGAUAGAGGGCAAUCCAGUGACUCUGAUCUGCAGCAGUGAUGCAAACCCAGCAGUGAACUACACCUGGUACAGAGAGACAGGGUCUCAGUUUGAGCUCCUCCAGACUGGAUAUAAUCACACCUACAUUGUGACAAACCCUACACACGGAGCAUGGUAUGGCUGUGAAGCUCAAAACCAGCAUGGCCACUGCAAUGCUACAAUUCAGCUGGAUGUUCAGUAUGCUCCAAAAAACACAAUGUUGUCAGCGUUUCCCUCCAGCUCAGUGAUAGAGGGCAAUCCAGUGACUCUGAUCUGCAGCAGUGAUGCAAACCCAGCAGUGAACUACACCUGGUACAGAGAGACCGGGUCUCAGUUUGAGCUCCUCCAGACUGGAUAUAAUCACACCUACAUUGUGACAAACCCUACACACGGAGCAUGGUAUGGCUGUGAAGCUCAAAACCAGCAUGGCCACUGCAAUGCUACAAUUCAGCUGGAUGUUCAGUAUGCUCCAAAAAACACAUCAUUGUCAGCAUUUCCCUCCAGCUCAGUGAUGAGGGGCAAUCCAGUGACUCUGAUCUGCAGCAGUGAUGCAAACCCAGCAGUGAACUACACCUGGUACAGAGAGACAGGGUCUCAGUUUGAGCUCCUCCAGACUGGAUAUAAUCACACCUACAUUGUGACAAACCCUACACACGGAGCAUGGUAUGGCUGUGAAGCUCAAAACCAGCAUGGCCUCUGCAAUGCUACAAUUCAGCUGGAUGUUCAGUUUGCACCCAAUAUCUCCAUCUCUUGCAGUCGAAGCAGUGUAACGGAGUGUGUGUGUGAGGCUCAUGGGAAUCCCUGUCCUACACUAGAGUGGCGUCUGUCUGGACGUGUGAUCACUAACUCUACAGAAACCUCCAUCAGUGAGGAGACGUUAGGAAGCACAGGAGUGAAGAGCGUCCUGAACAUCCAUCAGUCCCUCACAGACACGGACGUCCUGCAGUGCUUCAGCACAAACAAAUACGGCAGCGCCAGCGCCAGCCAACAGUUUCAGUUCGUCCCAUUGCCACAAGACACACGUUUCCAUCAUCCGUCGGUGCUGCUCGGAGCUGCUGUCGGAGCCUCAGUGAUGAUGAUCGCGUGCUUCGUGAGGCUCUGCUAUGAACGAAGAAAGAAAGAAAAACCUUCAGAAAUCAGACAAGACGACACAUCUGGACUCAUUUUGACUCAAAAAGCCGUUUCUCUGGAUAAUGAUAGUGAGUCUGUUUACGCCAAUAAAGGCAUGCUGUCAUCCACCACACCGAGUGCACCUGAAUCUCUUCAUUAUUCCUCCAUUUACUUCACAAACACUGACCCGCCGUCAGGAGAGAUCAUGGGCUUUGCCUCGCUGACCAGUGAAUACGCUGAGGUCCGACACUGUCCUGCAGGAGACACAGACACAGAGAACAACACCUCAACAUCUGAGACAGAGCCCAAAAAACCAGACAUGACAGCAAAGAUCACAGACACGUCCUCACCGGCAUCAGAAGACGUGAUUUAUGAAAACACGAGCCAUCGCUACAGACAGAAGGAAGAGCUGGUCAGCGCAGAUGAUGCUGAAAAACAAGACUGAACCAAAACC